AUGGCUACAGAAAGUACCCAAGCGAUGGAACGCGGAGACACUAUGUCUUCUGAUCAAGUGUUCAGCAACACCUCGCGCCCAGUCACAUCGCAUCGGCGACAGCCGUCCCAAGGAUGGUUCACUGCCGAGCACGAGCCCGAGGGGGAGAACUAUUCGAAGAGCGUGAAGGAUCAAAAUAUCCCUCUCGUGCCUUACAUCCCCGAAAGGCCACAUGGCAAUCGUGCAUCCCGCUCAGGUUCCACCCACACCAAAGGCCGAGGUAAAACGCACCCAGAAGAGAUCAUGGGGCGGACAGACAGGCUACCGACGUUAGAGCCAUCUCUGUGGUCCGGGGAGAACGAACCGCCACAGGCCACCGGCACCAAGCGACACGGAGGUGAUGGUUCCAAGCCCGCAGCCUCCGAAAGCCAGGGAUCUCCCCUGAGCCGGUCGAAUACACGGCGAUCUACAGCGGACCAUGAACAGCCCUUGGCCUCGGAUCGCUCGCCCCUUCAACUGCUAGAGGUAUCAUUAAAAGAGAAGAAAAGAGCACGGGUGUUGGAGGCUGAAAUGAAGCUCAAAGAACGAAUGCAAAGGGAGGCCGACAGCCGAGCAUCUGCAUCCUCGCAUCUCCCAAAGCGGGUCGAUCCAAGAGUACCAGACCGUGAGGACGUUCUACGAGGCAUGAGUGGACAGGCCACCAGACAGAACCAGCCUGCUGCAUCGGGUGCGAAGCGACCGGAACACCGACGCCUUGCUUCCGAGCCUCGAGCAGAAUAUGGCCCCCUGGAACAAAAUCCAUAUGAGAGGCCCAGACCAUCUCGCACCAGAGCCCCUUCUCUACAGAACCCAGCGGCAUACGCGGCUGAUGAGGGCCCCUUUGCAAGCGCUAGACAAUCCAGCGCGGCGGUAAUGAACAGAGGCACCGUCCCCAGACGAACGGUUACCGAUAAGAUGGCGCCCUAUGGCAGAAAGAAUGUGCCCAGUCAAAUGGAAACCAGUAAGCCGAAGCCGGGGCCACAAGCACAGCAUGAGUACGGGGCUCAAAAAGGCAGACCAUUGCCACAAGCUGGUUCAGACGCAGGUCCUCCGCAACCGAAGACAAUGCUUCCACAGAGUACUGCGAAAAACCUUGCUGGAGUUGCUCCGGAGCUGUCUAUUCCCUUGGGAGCUGACAUGGGCGCCGAUUUGAGCCGAGAGACUUUUGGUACGGAAACGAGUGCGCCGUCAAAACCCAAGGUCUCAUUCAAUGUGCCACCACCCACACCUCCUCCACUAUCGGAGUGGAAGACCGCACAAGUUGCUCGAUUGGGAGCUUCCGACUUUGAUUUCCAGCGACUUGAUGCCGAUCGAGGAAAGGCUUGGUGGGAAGGCGCAACGGGUAAUAAUCGUCGACGCAGCAGGGCUCUUCCAAGCGACUUUCCGCAAAGAACACCGACUCAAAAAUUAGCAGGUAGCAAACGCUUUCAGCCGCCGAUAUUCCUGAAGUGUGGGCCUCUACUCCGGUACGGCGGAUUAAGGCGAGUCCGGAUUGACGGGCCCAACGGGCCAUUCAACAAGGAGACAUGGAGAGGUAGCAUCCUCAUUGUGACCCAAGAUUCGCGCUCGUCUUAUGAGCCAUCCCCGACCCUACGAUUAUUCCCACAACCAAUGGAUCUGCUCCCCCCUCCACCAGUUCAGGUAGAUGGUGAAGAAGCUCGCCUUGCACCUGAGUACGUUGACCCUACGGCAGGCUUGAUGAAGCUGGGGCGAGACGGGCGGGCUAUAUAUGUCAAACCAGUGGACCAUAUUGAGGAAGAGACAGACCUUUCAGUAAUCGAGAAUGACGAUGGCCUAUUUGAGAUGUCCCCAAGCAUGGUCGACUACAACAGUGAGGGUGUCAAGCAACCUGUUCCCGCCAAUCGACUUCACCCCAUGGACGGGGAAGUUGCUGGAAGCUACACCGAGGUCACUGGAGCCCGCCUCUACGCGGACCCAGGGCGAGAUGUGACGUUCUGGAGGUUUAACAUCGAGGUCGAGCUAGGUCCCACCCAACAGCGGAUUGCUUAUAGACUGAAUCAGGGACCUGCCAUAGGUUUCUGGGUCCCCGCACGUGGACAGUCAAUGAACAUCGUGUUCCAUACGGGCAACGGUUUUAGCGCAGCUGUCAAUCCCAACAAAUUGUGCGGGCCUGAUCCUUUGUGGCGUGACAUAUUGACUGAGCACCAGACCCAGCCCUUCCACGUCAUGAUUGGUGGAGGUGACCAGAUCUUUAAUGACAAGGUCAUAGCAGAGACAGCCCAUUUCCAGGAAUGGGUAAAAAUCAAGAGCUUGGGCGAGAAGUAUGACGCUUCAUUUACAGCCGAGUUUCGAGCCGAGCUAGAGGAUUUCUAUCUUGGGAACUACUCCGCGUGGUUCUCGCAAGGGCUUUUUUCCCUGGCCGGCUCCCAGAUUCCCAUGGUGAACAUGUGGAACGAUCAUGAAGUCAUCGAAGGUUUUGGAUCCUACCCCGAGGAGUUCAUGAACUGUGCUGUUAUCUCGGGACUCGGGAACAUCGCGUUCAAGUACUAUCUCUUGUUCCAACAUCACAGUGUUCCCGAAGAGACUGAGGCUGAGGAGCCAAGCUGGCUUCUUGGAGCUCAACCUGGUCCAUAUAUUAACCAAAAGAGUCGGCAUCUAUUCAUGUCUUUGGGUGACGGAGUGUCUUUCCUUGGAUUAGAUUGUCGUACGGAGCGGAUGACGGAUGAAAUUCUCAGUGAACAGACGUGUGAUCUGAUCUGGGACCGAUGUCAUCGCGAGAUAACGAGGGGUGAGACCAAGCACCUGAUCGUCUCCCUGGGUAUCCCAAUAGCAUACCCAAGAGUGGCAAUGGUCAAGAACAUUCUCAAUAGCCGCAAGUCUCUGGGUAAAGCCGGACUUUUCGGCGGCUUGGUGAACAAGAAUGGCGGCAAAGUAGAGAUCUUUGAUGACCACUGGACAGCCAAGCACCACAAGUCAGAGCGAACGUAUCUGAUCGAGGACCUGCAGGACUUGGCCGCUGAAAAAUCAGUUAGAGUCACUAUUCUAAGCGGCGAUGUCCAUCUGGCCGCCGUCGGUCAAUUCUAUUCAAAUCCGAAAUUGAACCUCCCCAGAGACAAAGACUACCGCUACAUGGCCAAUGUCAUCUCCUCCGCUAUUGCGGACCUGCCUGAGACGGAGAUGAUUUCCGACAUGCUGAACAAGCGCAACCGGGUGCAUCACAUGGAUACCAAUACCGACGAAGACAUGGUCCCUCUUUUCACUCACGAUGUGAACAACAAGCCUCGCAACAAUAAGAGACUGCUACCUCGACGCAAUUGGUGUUCCAUCCGCCAAUACCAACCAGGUUCUACGCCCCCAGGCACACCACGAUUUGCUUUGAGGCCCGGCGCGGAGGAGGCUCGCCCGCGUAAAUUGAAAAGAACGCUAUCACUGACCCGUGGGGAUAAGCCUCCCAGCGGAGGCCUAUUCCGCCGGCUUUCUGGCCGUGGCCCGCCGCCUACGAAGGAAUUUAAUCUGGGCGAGGCCCCAAUCGGACGACGGAUGAGCAUGGAUGGACCCUUCAAUUCGGCUGCUGAAACAAGGGAUGCCUUUCAGCCUGGGUUCUUACAACGCCGCCCCACGAAUGCUAGCCAAAGGAUGGGCAGUCGUGCGGGCGGAGGGCUAGACGCAUCGAGCAAUAUGGAGGAAGGCCUAGCUAUUACGCUCAAUCUCGAGCUCAACCCCAAGGAUCCAGCCGGUAUCACGACGCCAUACAAGCUGCUGAUUCCCGCGCUCCGAUACGAAGGGAUGGACUUUGACCUACCAGCCGCCCCGGUCGCCAAAGGGUGGAAGAAAUGGUUGGGAGUCCGGGGCGCCAAGAGAGAGAGGUUGCCAGCGGAGGACACGGAGGUUGAGGAUGACGAUGAGGACGGGAUGAGCGACGAGGAAAAUGAUGAGGACGAGGGUGGCUAUGAGAAUCCUCGAGAGGUAUAUGGUGGGGGAGUGGGCGAGGGUAGUAGUAGGAUGGCCCCUGCCGGGUUAGUGGGUGCGAGUGUGGACGAUAUGGAUGGGGAGGAGGAGGGCGAGAAGGAGGAGACCACUCCUUCGAAGCGAAAAAAGUGGUUCGGACGAUCAAAGUGAGGGGGGAGGGGUGAUGAGGGUGAUGAUUGACGAGAGUGACAUGUAAUAAUGUACUUGAUGAUAUGAU